CAUUGCAAGGACUAUUGCAUCAACAAAGCUAGUAGCUUUGUAUAAAUAAGUUGAAGAAAAACGAAAGUAACGUAAUUUGGACAUCUUCUCAGAGGACUCCUUUCAUAGCUUCGCACAUUUUGCUUCCUCACCAAAGAGCAAAUAUAUAAAGUUGGUAUAGGAAGAUGGCUUCAAAACUGUUACUGGUUUUGGUUUUUGUGCUUGAUCUGAUUGCUUUUGGACUUGCUGUUGCUGCUGAGCAGAGGAGGGCUACUGCGACUAUCAACAGAGAUGCAGAGUAUAAUUACUGUGUGUAUGAAUCAGAUGUUGCAACUGGCUUGGGUGUUGGUUCAUUCUUAUUUCUUUUAGCCAGUCAGCUCCUCAUAAUGUUUGCAAGUCGAUGUUUAUGCUGUGGGAGGGCACUGCGACCAGGAAAGCCCAGAGCAUGGGCUAUUGUCUUAUUUAUCACCUGCUGGAUCACCUUCUUUAUUGCUGAAGUGUGCUUACUGGCGGCUUCCGUUAGGAAUGCCUACCAUACAAAGUAUAGGACUCACUUGGCACAACAUCCUCUGUCCUGCGAGGUUUUGAGAAAGGGAGUCUUUGGUGCUGGCGCUGCUUUUGUUGUUUUGACUGGCAUUGUCUCUGAACUUUUCUACGUCAGCUAUUCCAAGGCCGAUGAAGGAUCCAUUCCUCCAAGAAUGGAUGGUGGCAUAAGGAUGAAUGCGUUUAUGUGAACCCAUAGAGGAGAAAAAGAUUUUGGUUGUACACUCACUAAACUUUUGCAUUGACCUUGAUUUGUAGGAUUACUUAGAAUGUGAUAUUGGUAAUGUGGUAUACUUAACCCUGUUGGGUAGGUGAUUUGACUUCAACAGAAUUAGAGAUUCUGAUCAUAUGCUGUUGUGACGUAUGUGCAUCCUUCAUCAUUGUCCAAAAUACAUAGACGUAGAUAGGUAUGACUGCUACUUGUAAGUUCUGUCGUACAAUGUUUUGGAGAGACUUUUUCCUGGGGCCUUAUGAGGUAAAAAAUGGGUUGCCCAUCUUAUGAUAUACUGAGAUGACUUAUGUUCC